AUGAAGUCCAUCGUUUUAGCGAGCGCUCUGGCAGCUGCCAGUCUUCUUGUGAGCUCUGCGAGCGGACGUCCUCUCAACCACAAACGUAAGCUCGUCACCGAGAUGGUAUAUGUCACCGAGACGAUCGCUGAAGCUAUUGUCUACGUCGACGAGGCGGGCGCGCCUUAUUGGACCACAACUUCGACGGUACUCACCAGUUCUCCCUCCGUAACUGUAGCCACAUCUACAGCCGAGGCAGUGCUUUCGAGUUCAGGUCCAGCUCCCUCACUUACCUCGUUCGAAUGGCCAUCGUCUACACUCGUUUUACCUUCAGUGGAACCUACUGCUGUCGGUGCCCAGGAUGCGACUACGACACAGGCGCCCCCUUCUACCACUUCCGAAGUAUCAUCUGCAGUGCCUGCCUCCACAAAAGAGCCUGAGCCCGUACCUCAGCCAUCAGCUCCAGCUGAUAAUGUUCCUGUCGACAAGGCCGCUGCCGGUACCCUGCCUCUAGGCAUAACUUGGGAUGCCUACACUGGGUCCGCCAAUUGCAAGAGUGCGGAUCAACUCGCUAGUGAAUUCAGUAAGAUGAAGGACUACAAAGUGAUCCGGAUAUACGGUAUGGACUGCAACCAGAUUCCGCUUGCAAUUCAGAACGCCAUCAAAAACGGUCAAAAGCUCAUGGGCGGCGCAUUUCUGGAUACCAGCGGUGGCGGCGAAGACCUCGACCAGGUCAUUCAGACCUACAAGAGCGCUAUCGAUCAGUAUGCUGGCGGAAAUUGGGAUGUUCUCCAACUCUUCGCAGUCGAGAACGAGCGCGUCAAUGAGCACAGAAUGACAUCCUCGCAAGUCGUUGACGCCAUUGGUCGUGCUCGCACUCAGCUACAAAGCUUCGGUUACAACGGACUUGUGGGCGCAGUCGAGACUGCACCUGCUAUGAUGGACAAUCCUGCUAUCUGUGGAGCUGCAGAUGUGGUCAUGGUCAACAUUCACGCCUUCUUCGACAGGAAUACAAAGGCUCAGGAUGCCGGUACGUUUGUCAAGAGCCAAGUUGAGCGUGUGAAAUCCGCCUGCGAUAACAAGCGUGUUGUCGUUACUGAGUCUGGUUGGCCUCGCGAAGGUAAUGCCAAUGGUGCGGCCAUCCCCUCACCCGACAACCAGCGUAUCGCUCUUGAAUCGAUCCGCUCCAAUUUCAACAGCGACAUGUUCCUUUUCAGCGCCUUCGACUCGGGCUGGAAGGCAGACUCUGCAUCAACCUUCAACUCUGAGCGUUAUUGGGGUGUGAUCGAUUAG